UUGCUUCGAUGUGCAGCUUCACUUUACCUUCUUCCGCCUGGUAUGCGACUAUGGUAGAGAAACCAGGCUGGCUGGGACUGUGAGAACUGCUGCAUGUUGUUCGGAUCAGAAACCUGCGCCUGAGCGCGAAUGGAAUAAAACAGCGAUUCCUUCCUGACGCUUGGGAAAUGCAUGUGAUUCGAACCAAAAAUUCAUCAGUGUAGGCAGAAACUGUAGUCGGCACGGAACAAGAACUAGUUACUUGGAUGGAGUGACUGCACCGAUGCUCGCCAGAUGUCGGCGAAGGACGGUGAAAGAUCUCGCGCAGGCUCGUCCCGCAGUGUUCGAGUGGCGGCAGUUUCGUCCAGCAAGCAACACAUCAAGGAGCAUCGCGCCUACAAAUUAAUCGUCAUCGGCUCGUCAGGCGUCGGCAAAACCUGCCUGUCGUGCAUGUUUGCUGACGGAGCAUGUCCAUCAGCACCCGAAGCCACGAUAGGGGUGGACUUUCGGGAGAAGAAGGUUGUCGUGGAGAGGGAGAUUAUAAAACUUCAGCUGUGGGACACGGCUGGUCAAGAGCGCUUCAGGCAGUCGAUGACAACACGCUACUACCGCGAUGCACACGCCAUGAUUGUCAUGUAUGAUAUUACCAGCAUGGCAUCCUUUCGACAUUGUCAGUCCUGGCUGGACGAGGCACGGCGUCAUACCGACGCCGGUGUACGUAUUUGUGCGCUCGUCGGAAACAAAUGCGACGAAGUCGAUCGCCGCGAAGUGACCACGCGGCUUGGACAGCAGUUUGCCGAAGCCAACGACAUGCUGUUCUUUGAGACGACAACACAAGGCCCCGCCGCCAAGGAAAUGGUUCGGCAGGUGUUCUUCACCAUAGCCGUACGCCUCACAGAGCGACGGGCGGCGUUUGAGGAGUCGAUACGCGUUCGGCCGGAGGACAUGGCCUUUUCCCUGCUGCCCAGUAGAAGCACAACAAAGGCGGACAUUGCUCGCUCACACUCCUUCGGCAACACCAGUGUGAUGAGUGCUGCCUCAACGACCUCAUCGCCUACGCGUGUUACGUCAUCUCUUGAUGUGGUGCAUAAUGGGCCCGAUGUGGUUCCUCCACUGGACAGUGGCCGCUGCUGCAAAACAAGUUAACACCUGUUGGUGGCCGGCAUAUUUCGUGGUACGCAGUUAGCUUCAGCUCUGCCUACAGGACCACUUGGUCGUCUCUCUUCUCCCUCUCUCUCUCUCUAUCUCUCUCUCUCCCUCUCUCUCUCUCUCCCUCUCUCUCUCUCUCUC